AUGGCAGGGGCGUCUCCCCGCUCCUCCCCCGGCCCGCCACAGCCACGACCCUGCUCUGCUGCCCCCUCCCAGGUCCGGCACAUCCUGUGUGAGAAGCACAGCAAAGCCAUGGAGGCCAUGGAGAAGCUGAAGUCCGGGCUGCGGUUCAGUGAGGUUGCCUCACAGUACAGCGAGGACAAGGCCCGGCAAGGGGGAGACCUGGGCUGGAUGACCAGAGGCUCCAUGGUGGGACCUUUCCAGGAUGCAGCAUUCGCCUUGCCUGUGAGCAGUAUGGACAAGCCCGUGUAUACAGACCCUCCUGUCAAAACAAAGUUCGGGUACCACAUUAUCAUGGUGGAAGGCAGAAAAUAAAAGAUGAAUGACCAUUACCUUA